AUGCAAUUCGAGGAACUAUCGCCAUCAUCAUUUAUCGAUAUGGCACAGAAAUAUAUUCAUGAGAACAUUCCGCAAUCAACUGCUUUAACUGUUCUUCGACAACAACAACUACCGCUGCCCGAUAAUAUAAUUACUGCCGAAGAGUCAGAAAAUAUCUCUUCAGCACCUAUUGUAUACGACGAAGGUCUUAGCAAUGUUGAUCAAUGGUCGGAUUUUAUUCCUGAUUUUAAUCCUGACGUACCAUCAUCGCUUCGUCGAGCUUCACAAAUUUCACGUUUAAUGAUGUCAGCCAAUGAAUUUGACGACGAACAAUAUAUUGCACAUCCUGUAGACCAACGCAUAGCAGUUGGUCCUGUGAGAACAUCGGAUAAAACAAAUAUCAUGCAACAACUCGAAUCCCGACCAGAUUUUUCAAUACUCGAUAAAGGUGCUAUCGCUCUUAGUCAAUCUGAAAUACCUCAAUUAUACGAAUAUAAAGCUCCCACCGAUCUAAAACAAGAAUCAACUGCUACAUUACGAACUGAUACAUCGGCUUUGAGUGGUCAUGACAUAGAAAGUCAAGAAACACCUAUAAAUGUUGAUCAUCGACGUCGUCAAGAAUCCGGUGGUAGUAAGCAAGUAGCAAAAUUAGUCUCACAACCAAGUCUUACUAUUGAUUUUCCUAUACUUGACGAAAGUAGCGUUUCUCUUGAUCAACUUCAACGAUCCGAACUACCACAAUCCGUUACAUAUAGAGCUCCAACUGAUAUUCAAUCAACAGUUGGCUCUCUUCUUACGUCUACUUCUGCUUUCAGUCAAGACGAACCAGCACAUGAAACACCUUUUAAUAUUAAUCAAUUCAUUCAACAUAGUGCUCAAGAUAAACCAGUUUCUGAUACAUCAAAACAACAAACUACAACAAUCAUACAGCCAAGUGCUAUUACUGACUCACAGAUGCUUCAAGAGGCACUUGCUCAUCUUGAUCAAGUUCAUCUUCUAGAUGCAGCACAAGCUGUUCAAUAUGAAGCUCCGACUGAUAUCCAAUCAGUAACUGGUUCUUAUCCUGCAGCACCUUCUGCACUUAUUACUGAAGAAUCAACACAAGAGACACCUCUAAAUAUUAAUCAAUUACGUCAGCCAGUGACUAAGGGUUUCUCAGCAGCUGAUGCAAUUCAACAACAAGUUUCAUCAGUAAUGAGACUAAGUACUGCGACAGAUUUACCUAUACUUGACGAAACUUCUAUUCAUCUUGAUCAAAUUCAUCGUUCAGAUAUACCACAAACAGUUCAAUAUAAAGCUCCUGUUGAUAUUGAACCAUCAGCCGGAUCAAUUCGUACAACUACUUCUGCUCUCAGCAUAGAAGAGCCAGCACAAGACGUUUCUUGUAAUGUUACUCAAUUGCAUCAAGCUAUCGCUCAUGAUUUGUCUGAUACUGGAAGAAAACGUGCUUCAGUUAUUUCAAUAUUAUCACAAGCUGUUGAUUUGCCAGUACUCGAUGAGACACCAUUUAAUAUCAAUCAAAUUCAACGUACAGAGACACCACAAUCGUUUGAAUACAAAGCACCGGCUGAUAUAAAACAAGUAUCAGCCAUGUUGCAUAGUGCUCCGUCUGUAUUAGCAAGUGACAUCGAACACGAUCAAACAAUGUUAACUUCAGUAGAAGGUUAUCAACAACAACAAGGAUACAAAACACAUCGACCGUCAGUCGUCUCGGAUCUAUCAUAUGGAUCUGCAGAAGACGAAUUUUCUGAAUUACCACAUGAAGUACAAGUUCAACAGCGACGUUUACUUAAAAUGCCUCGUAAAUUACUCGAACAACCAAAAAUCAUUCAAAGUCGUAGUUCAAUUGUUGAAAGUGAUGAUCAAGCACAAUCGACAUCACUUAGUCAUCGUCGUCAAAUGGUAGCUGCUUUAAAGAAACUAGAAGAUAAAGAAAUAGAAAAAGAAGGAGAAGAAGAAGAAGAAGAAGAAACGGACAGAACCAUUUCACCGGAAAUAUCAAUGAAUGUUGAUGAAAUUAUUGAAACAAUUCAAAUGGAAGAUGAACCACUCGAACCUGAGAAACCAUUUGUUACUGAUAUAUCUGUGCCUAGUGAUGAAGAUGCGUCGUUAUUGACUUCAACAUUUGUUGACGUUUUACCUUCAACUGCCGAAAUAUCUCUACCAGUUAAUCAACUCGAAACUAUUGGUUCAGAUCAAACUGCUAAAGAAGAAACGCAAUCAUUAACUAAUCAAAUAGAUCAAGUUUCAUCGUCACAGAUAGAUUCUCUCGAUUUACCAACAAUGGAAGAUAUAUCAUCUUAUGUUUCUAUAGAACAAGAACAACCAACAUUAAUGACACAAAACACUGAAGAACCAUUUGAACUUUCAUUCGAGAAAAUUGUUGAUUAUAUUGAAAUACCACAUUCAAAAAGUGAUUCCGAUGGAAAUAAACCUGAAGCUAUCAUAAUUAUUGACGAAAUAAAACCAAUGGAACCAAUUUCAACUUUUGACGAUACUACAGGUUAUAUAGUUUUAUCUGAAAACUUGCCUAUAUCAAACUUAAAAUCAGAAAAUAUUCAACAAAUAAAUGGUGAUAUCACAACUGAACAAAUUUCUCACACUUCGCUAAUCGACACAGGCGAAAAGUUACACGAUGAAUCCGUAGAAUCUUUGCUUGUUCCAGUACAACCGAAUCUAUUGCCACUAGCAACAAUGCCCGAUGCAACUAUACAUGCUGAUAAACAACAUACACCUGAGAGAAGCAUCCAAGAUGUUCUCGCAUCAAUUUCGAAAGAUCAUGAUCAAUUCUUCGACGCAGAGUCAGAAGGUGCAAGUGGCACGACGAAAAAUGAAUCUAUAAGAAUUGCACCCUUCCAUGAAUCACCAAUUACGUUGGCGAUAGUCGAAAAACUGCAACAUGAUGCAGCUAUUGAACUGAAAAUGGAUGAAUUUCAUAAACAGCAGCCAAUUGUUACAUCGAUGGAGGCACCUGGUAUUAAGGAAGCACAACCAAUAGAAACAAAAGAUGUCAAACAGGAAAUACCAUCGAAAACAAUCGUUCAAGAGGAAAUGAAACCCGACGAAAGUAUUCUUCUUGUACAACAAGAGCCUGUUUUAGAAAAGCAAACUACAGAACUGUUAUUGUCAUCUGAACAACAACCAAUAAGUAUUCAAAUAGUUGAAUCAAAUCAGGAAAUACCGCCAAUAAAAAAUGAAGAACAAUCGAAAAUUUCACAGAAUAAACAAGAACCGACGAUUCAUGAAAUUAUUCAAACAUUAGCAGCCACUGAAACACCAUCAUUAAUGCAAGUACCAUCGACAAUCCAAAAAAUUGAUAUAAAUCAAAAUGUAAUAGAAAUACCAAGUGAACAAGUGCUAUCAUCUGAUAAAAUAAUCACACAGGAAGUAACAACUCAGUUACAAACACUACCAACAGUUGAAAAACAAGAGACUACUGAAAAAAUCGAAUCAUCAACAUUGGAAACUGAUCGAUUAAGUCAAACACUUCGUUUUGAACCAUCCAUCGAGCAAGCAUCAAAUGCUGAUACAUUAAAAACCGAUGAUAAAAUAAUAAUAACUACGCCACAAAUGACAACUACUACUGAGACAAGUUCGAUACCAAUGGAACAUGUUGCCCAUGAAACUAUUCCAAUAACGCAACAAUAUGUAUCACAACAGAGUUCCGAAUUUAAAGAAGAAAAUUCGACGAAAGAAGGAAUAUCAACCGUUGAAACAAUCGGUACAGACACAACAAUAUCAGUUGAACAACAAGAUUUAUUUACACAACUUGAAGAGCAAAAAUCAAAACUAGCAGAAUUACAACAGCCUAUCACACUCCAACUCGAAGAACAGCAACAAAUAUCAACUGAAAAGCAAGAAUUAUCUCAACUAAAAAAGACGGAACAAACGUUAUUUCCAGAAGAAAAGCUCAAACUAGUUUUUGAUCAGAUACAACAAUUGUCAGAAGCAAAUGAAGAGCAACAAGCAAUAAAAGUUGAAAUGCCAGAAGAACAACCGACACAGUUUGAUCAACAACUAGAAAAAUCAGCAGGUGAACAAACGCUCAUUAGCAUGCAAGAGUCAGAAUCACUUUUAUUCGGUGCACAAGAAUUGCAGCAAAAAGCGAGAGAAGCUUUACAACAAACACAACUUCAACUAAUUUCAAAAGACAAAGUAGAACAUAUCGAAGGACAGAAAGUGGAAAUAUCUGAGAAAGAGCCCCCUCAAUCUGUAGUGGAAGAGAAAAUGGAAACAGAAGAACAAAUCCAACAACGACUCAUGCCAGAAUUGCAGUCAAUCAGAGAAGACAAAGACUCAGUGGUAGACGAAAAGAUCACUUCUGUAGAAGUAGUACAAAUCGAAAAAAUACAACCAGAAACUGAACAAGACCCAAGUCAUCAACAGUUUGAUAUGCAGUUAGACACCAUAACUAAACCUCAAAAAGUCACAAAAAUACAGCAGGAUAAAUCACAACUAGUCGACGAGGCUCAGCUGCCAAAAACAACUAAUAUUACAGAAGAGGUACCACAUGCAGUUCAAAUUCAACCAACAGAAGAUGCUCAACUAUUACCAACUGUUCCAGCCAUGUCGAUUGAACAGAUGCAAGCUUCGCAGCCAACACAAGUGUCUCAAGAAAAAUCACAACCCGUCGAAGUCCUACAGGUGGAAGAAGUUCAAAUAUCACAACCUCUUGAGGUCGUCCAAAUCGAAGAAGCUAAACCGAUACAAACUUCUACGGAGAAAUUGGAACCAGUCGACGUAAAAUUAAUACAAGAAAUUGUACCGAUGCAAGUUCUAGAGGAGGUAGCGAAACCAAUCGAAGUCAAAUCGAUAGAAGAAUUUGAGCAAUCGAAGCCAACAGAUGUUGCCCAAGAGAAACCUCAAUAUGUUGAAGUCAAGAAAACUGAAGAUGCUCUAUCUUCUCCUGCAGCUGACGGGAAAUCACAACCUGUUGAAGUCACACCAAUCGAAGAAACUCAAGCAAAACCAACAGAAGUAAACCAGGAGACAAGACAGCUAAUGGAAGUCAUACAAAUCGAAGAGAGUCAACAAAUUACAUCAGCCCAGCCUCAUGAAGGAAAACCACAACCAGGUGAGGUCAAACAAAUAGAAGAAACUCAGCCAGUACAAACUUUUACUGAUAAACCGCAGCCAGUCGAAGUGAAAUCGAUAGAAGAAGCUAAAAAACAAACAUCAACAGAUGUUCCUGACAAGAAACCAGAAACAGUCGAAGUGAAAUUAAUUGAAGAUGAUAUAACGGCACAGGUCUCUGAGAACAAAAUGCAACAAGUAGAAGUUCAACAUAUUGACAUCGGCGAAGAACCCAAAUCAACACACGUUCUCGAGGAGGUAGCGAAACCAAUUGAGGUCAAAUCGAUAGAAGAAUUUGAGCAAUCGAAACCAACAGAUGUUGCCCAAGAGAAACCUCAAUAUGUCGAAGCCAAGAAAACUGAAGAUGCUCUGUCUUCCCAUGUACCUGAUGAGAAACCGCAACAAGUAGAAGUGAAAUCAAUUGAAGAAACUAUAACGACACAUAUUUAUGAGGACAAAUUGCAACCAGUCAAUAUCAAACUUAUCGAAGAGGGUCAAGUGCCAAAACAAAUCCAACUUCUUGAAGAGAACCCACAGCCAGUUGUGGUCAAACAAAUCGAAGAAGCGCAGUCAUCACAACCGAAAGAAAUUCUUAUUGAUAAACCAGAACCUGUCGAAGUCAAACCUAUCGAAGUAACCGAAAAACUCCAAUCAACACGCGUCCUUCAGGAGACACCAGAAGCAGUCAAAGUUGAAUCGAUAGAAGAAACUGAACAACCAAAACUCACAAAUGUUUCUGAAGAAAAAGUUCACUCUGUUGAAAUCAAGCAAAUUGGAGAAGUUCAACCUUCAUAUGUUUCUGAUGAAAAAUCGCAGCCAGUUGCAGUGAAACCGCUUGAAGAAACCAUACCAAUGCAGCUAACACGUGUUCCUGAUGAAAAGCCGCAAUCAGUCGAUGUCAAACAUGUUGAAGACGCUCAACAAUCAGAGUCAACCGAAGUUCUCCAGGAGAAAAUGGAAUCAAUGGAAAUCAAACAAGUAGAGGAAGUUCAACUAUCACAACCUCUUCCAAUUACACCAGUUGAACUGACUCAAGCUCCACAAUCAACAGAAGUUCCUGAGAAGAAACUCCAAACACUUGAAGUCAAACAUAUUGUAGAAACUCAACACUCGGAGCUACCACAAAUUUCUGAAGAGAAACCAAAACCAGUUGAAAUCAAUCGAGAUGAACAGACACAAUUAUUACAACCAGUUCUAGUGAAAUCAAUUGACGAUAAUAAACAAUCAAAACCAACACAUGCUCCUGAAGAUGAGCAGAAACCAUCUGAAAAAAUUAAAGCAAAACCUAUCGUUGAAAAGAAACCAGAGGUCGUGGAGAAAAAUCGAGCAGAAAAACUUGAAGAUCAGAAGCAAAGCGCUGCUGCUCAACAAAAACUACAGCCAGUCGAAGAAGAAAAACUCGAGAAAGUAGACGAAUCCCAUACCCAAAUUCUUAUUACAGAAACACUGAAACAAGUGGAGGAACCUCUAGCGACAAAAAUCGAUGAGUUCAAAUUAAAAACCAUAGCAGAAGAAGCCAAGAAGAAGAGAGCUGAUGCUCAGCAACAAAUCAAGCCGGAAGAAUCAAAAUCAGAAACCGCUUCACAAGACAAGUCCAAGCCAACUGAAGAAGAGAAGACUAAAUUAAUAGAGGCUACUCCAAGCAACCAAGUGGAAGAGUCAAAACUCGCAAUACCGACAGAAGAAAAGACGAGUCAAGAAGAUACAACAAAACCCAAGAAAGUCGAAACACCAGACAAUAAAGCAUCUGUUCAAGGCAAAGGUAAAUCGGUGGAAGAAACUAAAUUAAAAACAGUACCCGAAGGAAAGACAACAACGUCCGAUACAGAAAAACACAAGGAAGCUGAACAGUCCAAAACUCUCGAAGAAGAAAAACGAAACAAACUUGACGAAAAAACUAAGCUACCAGCAGAAGCGGCAAUCAAAACAAUUGACGAAACAAAACCAACUGACGCUACUGAAGGAAAGACGGCGUCGCCAGAUAGUGCGAAACAAAAGAAGUCCGAGAGAAGAAAACCGCGAACUGUUGAAGAAGAAAAGCCGAAGCUAGGCGAAGAAGAAAACCUCAAGGCGCUUGAUGAGAAAACGAAGCAUGUCGUAGAAACUGAAUCAAAAGUGACACCGGAAGAAAAGACAGAGCCGACCGAUGCACAGAAACAAAAGCAGCCUGAAGAGCAAGUGAGCCUCGUUGAACAACCCAUAACAGAAGUUCCAGCUGAGGACAAUACUAAACUCUACGAAGCAGUUACAUUCAAACACUUUCAAGAGCUUGAACCAGAACUCACAGUUGACGGCGAAGCGCAACUAUGCGAAGCUAAGAAAGAGAAAAAAACUGAACAAGCGAACUUCAAGCAACUUCAGCAGCAAAAAACGGAAGUUAUUCAACAAACCAAAGAAACAGUAGCAAAUGAAUCGAUUCCUAGAACGGUUGAAGCACAUACAAUCCAACACAGCGAAGAGCGUACAUCAAACGUUCCACAAGACGAAAACAAAACGGAAAAACAAAAGCAAAAACCCGCUCCGGAAGACAAGAUCGACGUCACAGAACACGUAAAUCUCACAGACAUUGAAGAACCAAAACUACAACUUUCAGCAGAGCAAGACAUCCAAUCCCCAAAAAAAUCUACACCAAAGGAAGCCGAAGAUGCGAAAGGUAAAUUACAAUUUGAUCAAUGGACAAAAUCAUCCGAUGCUCAGAAACAAAACGGCCAAACCGAAAAAAAAGAAAAAUCAAACACACCUGACGACAACCUCACACAACUUCAACAGGUUCAAUUCCAUAUAGAUGAAGUUUAUCCAGAGGCUGUGGAACAACAAAAAGUAGCAGAGUCACCCGAAACACAACCAAAAUCUGCUGAAGGCAGGACCCAACGACACGGUACACUAGUCACAACACAACCACAGACACAAACAUGUCAUGAAAAUCAGAUCAAGGAUCAGACCACAGAAGCAGCUGAAAAACCAUUCACAACCUUGGAACAACCGCAAUCCGAACAAACAACUGAAGAGACAGCUGAGGCUACAGAAGAAGCAAAUCUAACACAACCUGCAGAAAAGACACAACAAGCAUUCAAGGCUCGUGAAACUAAAACCGCAAAAGACCAACCCAAACCCAUUAAAGACGCACAAUCGACAAGAACUUCAGAAGACAAGCCAAUCCAUGAGCCCAUCAAGAAACAACCCGACCAAGGAGAGACUCCGCUAGAACAAGCAGUUCAAGAAAACGUCAAAGCCAUGGAAUCACACAAAACAGCUACAACUGCAGCACCCGAAAGAGUGACAGCAGCUAAAGCCAAGGACGCACCAGACGACAAAUCUAAGACCGACUACCAAAGAGAAGAACACGCUAAAGCAACUGAUGAGAUUACACCUCAGAAAGCAACUGAAGCCAAAGACGUCGACCAAGUCAAAGCCUCUGAAGAGGCUAAGAUCAAGAAAGAAGCCGAAGCAAAAGCCAAAGCAGACAAAGAAGCCGAAGAAAAAGAUAAAGCUGAAAACGAAGCCGAAGAAAAAGCCAAGGCCAAAAAAGAAGCAGAAGAGAAAG